AUUAAUGGAGUAGCAUGUCUGUUUGUUUUAAUUUAAAUGCAAAUACUUUUGAGCGAAAAGUGUUUUAAUGUAAACAAGAAAAAAAAUUUAAAUUAGCUUUUCGUAACCGUAUGUAUAGAUGACAGUGCAAUAUUACACAGCACAGUACAGUACAGUUGAGAUUCAAUUCGAUAGCUUAAUGUGUCUUACUUGAACGAAAAUGUUGGACAAGGAAUACAAGAAAGUACCAAUUGAGGACGUUGAGAAAGAAACCAAUUCGCAUGAAAAAGAACAAAUCAAAUAUGGUUUUGGAGCGCGUCACAUCCAAGCACUUCUUUAUUUCAUGUGUCUCGCCCUAGGAUAUAUAUCACGUGGUCAUUUAGGAGUUACAAUAGUUGGAAUGACAAUGCUCGACCACGAUGCUACUAAAUCUAAAGCUGCAACAGAAGCUGCUCAUAUUUUAGUUAACAGUACAAUUGUAGAUCCAGUAACCAGUACUGAAGGUUACCUUGCAUUUAAUGAUUUAAAUGUUACUUCAAAUGUAACUUCAGUAGAUAAUAAUACAGAAGUUGAUCGUUGGAAUGUUUACAGAACAUACAACUGGCCUAAAUCUAUUCAAGAAAUGGUUCUUGGAUCCUUUUUCUUAGGAUAUAGCCUUAUGAUGUUUCCUAUCGGUAUAGUAUGUCAGCGUUGGGGUGGAAAAAUUCCGCUCCAAAUUGCUAUGUUUGUAAAUGGAGUGGUAUCAUUUUUUACGCCCUGGCUAGUUACAUGGGGCGGUUGGAAGGUACUAUGUGUACUCCGUACAAUGCAAGGCCUUUCACAAUCUGGCUUGUACCCGGGUAUCCUUACUUUAUUAGCAAAUUGGGUACCAGUAAGCGAACGUGCAAGUCUCUGUAGCUAUGUUUACACAGCUACCGGAUUCGGUACUGUCAUAGCGUUCCAGGCUGCUGGUAUCCUUGCGUUUAGUAGAUUUGGAUGGCCGUCUACUUUCUGGGCUACCGGAGUAGCUUGUUUUAUCGGAUUCAUUUUGAUUACCAUUUUCGGUGCCGCUACCCCUAAGGAUCAUAAGUCCAUAUCAGAAGCUGAAAAAAAAUAUAUUAUGGGAGCAACUAGUAGCAGUGUUGAAACGAAAUCCAAAGUUCCAUGGAAGUCCGUUGUAAAAUCGAUACCCGUCUGGGCCACUAUCAUAGCACACACAGGCAAUGCUGUUUGCUUCGUAUUCUUCUUCAUGCAAGUACCUACGUACGUGUUUGCGAUAUUGAAACUCAAUAUUCGGAACAGUGGUUUAUUAUCAUCUUUACCAUAUUUUGCUUCAUUCUUCGCAUCGAUUGCUUUUGGAUAUUUAUCAGACUUUUUAACAAACAGAAAAAUAAUGAGUAUCAAAAAUGCAAGACGGUUCUUUAAUUCAAUAGCAUGUGUGGUGCCUUCAGUUUGCCUGAUGUCGGUGGCCUACACGAGGGAUACAUUGCUCGCCGUCAUUUGCUUCAUAUUGUUCGUGACGUGUCAUACCGCGAUGCACACUGGUUGGAUGAUAAAUUAUAUGGAUUUGUCGCCAAACUUCAGCGGAGCCCUGAUGGCUUGCGGGAAUACGAUCACCAACGUGGUCGUGCUCGCACUGCCCGUCAUAGUUUCAUAUAUCGUGACUGAUGUAACCAAUCAAUACCAAUGGCGGAUCACCAUGUUCCUGAUGGCUGGCCUCACGCUCUGUACCAAUAUCAUCUUCAUAAUAUUCAUGUCGUCUGAAGUGCAACCUUGGAACGACAGUGAUGGUGGUACGAUGGAGAGUAAAUCAGAAUACGAAGCCAUAGAACCGGAAUCAGAAAAAAAUAAAGAUAUAGACAACUAACUUCUUAUCUCAAUUUUAUAUAAUAUACUCGUCAUUAUUUAUACAUAUUACUGUAAUAAUGUCCUUCAGACCGAUUUCGGCUACGGCGGCCAAUCUCAAGAGAGAUUAGUCAACUACGCAGGAGAUAUUAUAGUGCACAAAUGUGUGCACAAACACAGAUCUCUGUUCCCUAACUUUCAUAAUCCGAUGGGACGCUAAUCCGACACGACCGGAAAGAGUUCAGGCGCAGGACCAACGGCUUUACGUGCUUUCCGAGGUACGGGAAUGAACACACUUCCAACUUCUGCUAUUAAGAAUUUUCUGACAGAAAAACCCAAUAACUUUUUUGGCCCGACCUGGGAACUUCCUGACAUGGAGACUUACAUCAAGUCACUAGACCAACGAAGCAGUCAAUAUAUUACUGUAUCUGUCUAUUUAACACACUAUGGUCUUACUUAUCAUCGUUGUUAAGCGGGUGAUUAAUUAAACAAUCUAAUGUCCUCUUCUUUCUAAUGUCAAAACAAUAAUGACAGAAAGAGAUAGAUCUGUGUGUAACGAAAUAGCCGCUAAGCAUCGUUUAUAAGUAAUACCGUUAAUUUCUUAAAUUAAAAUAGGGUAGGGAAGAGAGAUCAAUGUUUUAGUCAUUGGGCCGCUUAUUGUGUGUGUGUUCCGUUAGUUGUG